AUGACUGCACAUCAGAUGAAGAUAACUAAGGUAGACUGUCAGGCUGAAGAAGCUUCUCCUCAGGCUGAAGAAGCUUCUCCUCCGGCUGAAGAAGCUUCUCCUCCGGCUGAAGAAGCUUCUCCUCCGGCUGAAGAAGCUUCUCCUCCGGCUGAAGAAGCUUCUCCCAAUGAAGAGGCCAGUGAUGGUAAAGAGACUCCAACCAAGCCAAGUGAUCACGCAGCUAUUCGGGAUGAGUUACUUAACAGCACGCACAAGUUCUUGGAAGUGGUCAACACAACUAUUCAACAGCUUAAAGCUCAAGAUGAGAUUGCACUGCACAUCCCCGAGCUAGACAUGGAGCCAGAUGUCAAUAUACUGAUGAUCAAUUUAGAGCUGGUAGAGGAGCUGCAGCAUUGUGUGACGAACUGGCAGACUCAGCUUAACACUCUUAUUGAGGAGCAAGAACAGAAGAAGCCACAGACACCAAGUCCGAUGGCAGAAAUAAUUUUUUGGCAGGAGCGUUCCUCGAUCCUGAGUGCUCUGACAGCCAAGCUUAAUCAACCUGUGGUAAAGAAGAUUUUGCUGGUAUUGACCAAAGCACAAGCAGUUGUGAUUCCCACUAUGGAGGCUUCAGUGACUAAACUUGUUAAAUACUCUUUGGAGGCAGAUGAAAAUGUACGCUUCCUCAAAACGCUGGAAAGACAUUUCAUGAAUCUGGCUACAGGAGCAAACUUUAGUGUGAUUCUGGAGACCAUCCCACCUCUGAUGAACAGCCUACAAGUUGUGUGGUUAAUCUCCUGCCACUAUAACAGGAAUGAUCGCAUGGUCCCUUUGAUGGAGCGCAUUGUUUGGCAACUGUCUGAGCGUGUGGCUCAAGUCAUUGAUAUCCAUGUGCUGUUCAAAGAUGAGAGAGAGGUGGCCAAAUCCAAGGUGGAUGAUGCCAGGCAAGUUCUGGAAUUGUGGAAGUCCUCUUACUACGAAGUGCGCGCUGAAAUUGAACAAGGAGGCACUGGUAAACGCUGGGAGUUUGAUAGAAGAAAGCUCUUUGAGAAAACUGAUUACAUGGCUGCCAUCUGCCAGGACUUGUCCAAUGUUUUGCAUAAUUUGGAAGAGUUUUACAACAUCUUCAGCCGGGAAGUAAAAAGUGUAACCUGGGAUCCAAAACGUUUUGAUGAAAUGCAGGUCAAAGUGGACAACCUCAUCGUGCCUUUUGAGGAAGCCACUUUUGAUCCUUUCAGUAGUUGUAAGAUUAGCAGCUGGAAAAUCAUUAUGCAGAACUUCAACAGUACAGUUUAUGCCAUUGAGAGGGAGGUCAUCGCCUUUAUUGACCAGUCCUUUAAGACACUGCGCUCCUCAACUGCUGCCUUUGGAAUGCUUGUAAAAUUCAAAGACAUUCGCUCUCGACCAGCCAUCAAUAGUCAUUUGAUGAAAAAGACGAAUGACGUUCUGGCUCAGUAUUGCAAAGAGGUGGACACUAUAAAUGAAAUAUUUGAGGAAAAGAGAGAUAAACCACAAAUUAAUAAGAAUGAGCCUCCCCUGGCAGGAGGCGUCAGGUGGACGCAUUCCCUUUUUCAGCGCAUAAAAGGUGGCAUGCUUCCUCUCCUGACCAUGCCAGAUUUAUUGGAUAGUGAAAUGGGCAAAUUAGCGAAAAACAAAUACUUGGAAAUGGCAAAAAAAAUAAGUGACUAUGGAGUGAAGAAGUAUAAGUCAUGGAUAGCUGAUAUUGAACACAACUUGCCAUUGUUAAUGAGAAAAAACAUCUUGGUCAUAAUUUCGAAGGAAAACCAACGAGAGUUGGCCGUCCCAGCCAAACCUGACAUCAAGGGACAAAGGGAUAGGCGAUACCGUUUAAACUUUCCACAAGAGAUCAUGACAGCAAUUGCAGAAACAAAAAACUUGAUUUCAAUGUCUUUCUCCAUGUCCGAGGUGGCUCGAAACGUGACUCUACAGGAGUCCAACUUUAUAAGGUACAGUGAAGAACUACACAAGCUUGUCAGCCGUUACAACUCUACAGUUGAUAGUCUGAGUGAUGCAAAAAUUGCCAUGUUGUCUCAAAACAUCAAAAGAGUGGAAACGGUGUUAUUUCCGGGAUGCAAAAGACUGAACUGGAACUCCUUGGCAAUUGCAGAUUUCAUCAACAAUGGCAACCCAGAGCUCUCAAAGUUUGAGUCAGUUGUUAAUCAAAUACAGAACAACGAGCUCGAUAUUGAAGCCAAGUUGAAAUCCAUAAUGAUGGCAGAUCUGCUGAAAUGCCCAGCUCCAUAUAAGACAGACCUUUUACCAAGUGUCAGGGAGUUUUAUGAAUGUAUUGAUCGAGAACGGAUCAAGACAGUAAAUUUGUUAAGAAGCAAAUACGCUGACAUUGGACCAGUCAUCUCUAAGGUAGAACACUUGAUCUUGGAAACGAACACUGGCAAGUCCAACAGUAUGUCAAGUUACUAUGCAUACUGGGAGCAGAAGGUGCACGAUGCUCUCAUUAACAUGGUGGUGAGGAACAUCAAGGCUUUCAAUGUUGUGCUGAUGGGGAGCACCCCUCUCUUCCGUGUUGAUGCCAUCCUUUCUCCCCCCAAAAUUUUGUUGCAGCCCAAAACAAAUGAGAUCUCCCGAAUACUUAUACAGUGUGUCAGAGAGUGUGUCGAGAGCACCAAAGAGUUUGUGCGUUGGAUGAGUGGAAGCUGCAUUGAGUGCCCUCCACAACAAGUCAGCGGUGAUGAUUUUGUGACUUUUAGCUUCUUCGAGGAAGUUUGUUAUCAUCCUCAAAUCAAUGAAAGUGCCCUUGCUGUAUCCCAGAAUAUUCAGCAGUUGAUGCUUUCUGUAGACCAGUACCUCAACCACUGGAAACAGUACCGGCCUCUUUGGGAAAAGGACAAUGCCACAGUCUGUGAAAAGUUUGCUGAGGCAAACCCAUCAUGUGUUAUGUAUGAUCAGAGGCUGCAGUUCUAUGCUCAAAUAAAUCAGAGGGUAGUACUGGAGUCUCUUUUUAAAAAUGUACACAUCAUUCAACUAAACCUCGAGCCACUGGGCCGCACUGUGCAGGAGAUUGCAGAGUCCUGGAUCAGUUCACUGGGGAUUUUGCUCAACAAAUCAGCUAAAGAAGAACUCUUCAACUUGAAAGAUGAACUCAUGCAACUCUCAGAGAAGCUUAAACAGAGUCCUGAUACUUUUGAUAACUUGAAGAAUGUCCUUGGGACUAUCUCAGACAUUCGAGACAUGUCUUUAAAUGUGACAUUAAGCAUCACAGAUAUUCAAGAAAGAUACAGAACACUGGCUAUGUACAAAGUGGAGGUUGUAGAGGAGGAAAAAGAACUAAUGGAAAAUAUUAACCAGAUUUGGAGUGAGCUAUUUGCAGAAUCCAAACGAGUGGAUCGGAGUUUAACACAUGUCAAGAUAUCAUUUAAAGAGACUACCAAGGGGAUGACUGAAGAGUUUCAGCAGAGUUUGUCCAUCUUUGUUGGAAACUUUAAUAUGGAUGGUCCUGGAGCUGUUGGAGAGGAUUUAGAUCAAGGCCUAUCAAAAAUGGAGUCAUAUGAAGCUGAGCUUACCAAGGCGGUGGAGGGACGGCAGGACCUUGCUAAUGCUGAGAAACUGUUGGACCUUCCCAUCACUGUGUAUCCAGAGAUUGUCAGCAUACAAAAAGACAUGAAUGGCUUCAGGCUGGUUUAUGACAUCUAUCAGGAGCAAAAGGCUACAAAAAAUAAGUGGUCUCAGACCUUGUGGGCAGACUUAAAUAUCCUCUUGCUCCAGGAGGGUACUGAAGGAUUUAUCAAAGAUUUGAAAAAGUUGCCCAAAGAUGUGCGAUCACUACGUGUGGCCUGCAUCCUAGAGGGCAGAAUGAAAGAAUUCAGAGAUUCACUUCCUCUUUUGUUGGAUCUAAAGAAUGAAGCCCUCAGAGAAAGACACUGGAAGGAAUUGAUGGAUCGGACUGGUACGAGCUUUGACAUGAACCCUAGCACCUUCACUCUUGAGAACAUGUUUGCAAUGGAGCUUCAUAAAUAUGCCGAUGUCAUCUGUGAAAUUGUUACUUCAGCUUCGAAAGAGCUUGGUAUUGAAAAGGGUGUGAAAGAGGUGGUAGAAACCUGGGGAAACAUGCAAUUCAUUAUACAACCCUAUAGUAAAGGUCCCCAUCAGCAGUGUGCUGUCUUGGGUGCAGUGGAUGAGAUCCUGUUGAUUGUGGACAACGAUGCCAUGAAUUUGCAGAGCAUGGCUGGCAGUCGUUUUGUUGGACCCUUCCUAGGCACCAUACAACAAUGGGAGAAAGACCUGUCUCUUAUCAGUGAAACCAUAGAGGUUUGGUUGCUGGUACAACGGAAAUGGAUGUACUUGGAGAGCAUAUUCAUUGGUGGUGAUAUUUCCUCACAGUUACCAGAGGAAGCCAAAAAAUUUGACAUCAUUGACAAAAAGUUUAAAGAAAUAAUGAAUGACGCACAGGUCAACCCAAAUAUUAAGCGUUGUUGCGUGAUUCCUAACCGGCUAAUGGACCUGCAGACCCUCAGUGAGAACCUAGAGAGGUGCCAGAAGAGUCUCAACGACUACUUAGAUUCGAAGCGGGAUGCAUUCCCACGUUUCUUCUUCAUCUCUGAUGAUGAACUGCUCAGCAUUUUGGGGAGUAGUCACCAUGAUUGUGUGCAGGAACAUAUGAUAAAGAUGUAUGAUAAUAUCGCAUCACUGCGGUUUGACUCGGAGAGCAGCGGGGAGACAGCAGCAGGAGCCAUGGUGUCUGCUGAGGGGGAAGUGAUGGAGUUUCAAAAGCCCGUCCAAAUCAAAGGAAGGGUGGAGGAAUGGAUGACAGGGGUUUUACAUGAGAUGAGGAGAACUAAUCGACUCAUCACUAAGGAAGCAAUCUUUCGCUAUUGUGAGGACAGAGGCAGGGUGGACUGGAUGUUGCUGUUCCAGGGCAUGGUGGUACUGGCUACAAAUCAAGUGUGGUGGACAUGGGAGGUGGAGGAUGUUUUUAGCAACUUGAAAAAAGGAGAAAAAUAUGCCCUAAAGAACUAUGCGACAAAAAUGCACCAGCAGAUUGAUGAGUUGGUAACACGUAUAACGCAACCUAUGAAGACAAAUGACAGACGGAAGAUCAACACUGUCCUUAUCAUAGAUGUCCAUGCAAGAGAUAUUGUCGACAGCUUUGUCUUGAACAGUAUAACAGAUGCUGAGGAGUUCGAGUGGGAAAGCCAAUUAAGAUUCUACUGGGUCCAGGAUGAAGACAAUCUUUUUGUGCGCCAGUGUAGUGCAUCUUUUAGUUACGGCUACGAAUACAUGGGGUUGAACGGUCGAUUGGUUAUAACUCCCCUGACAGACAGGAUCUAUCUCACGAUCACACAGGCUCUCUCCAUGUUCCUGGGUGGAGCUCCUGCUGGACCAGCUGGUACUGGAAAGACAGAGUCCACCAAAGAUCUGGCCAAAGCUUUGGGCCUGCUCUGUGUGGUUACCAACUGUGGUGAAGGCAUGGACUACAUGGCUGUUGGGAAAAUCUUGUCUGGCCUGUGUCAAUGCGGAGCUUGGGGCUGCUUUGAUGAAUUCAACCGUAUUGAUGCCUCAGUCCUUUCAGUGAUCUCUUCCCAAAUCCAAACCAUUCGCAAUGCUCUCAUGCUGUACCUUAAAAUAUUUAAUUUUGAAGGUCAUGAGAUUACCCUGGAUAGCCGAAUUGGGAUCUUCAUCACCAUGAACCCCGGCUAUGCAGGGCGCACAGAGCUGCCCGAAUCCGUCAAAGCUCUCUUCAGGCCUGUGGUGGUCAUUGUGCCUGACUUGCAACAAAUUUGUGAGAUCAUGCUCUUUUCUGAGGGAUUCCUAAUGGCCAAGGUCCUUGCAAAGAAGAUGACUGUACUCUAUAAGUUGGCUCGAGAGCAGCUGUCCAAGCAGUCUCAUUACGACUUUGGCCUGCGAGCUUUGAAAUCUGUCCUCGUGAUGGCAGGAGAACUGAAAAGAGGCUCACCAGACAUAACCGAGGAUGUGGUCUUGAUGCGAGCUUUGAGGGAUAUGAAUCUGCCAAAAUUUAUAUUUGAGGAUGUACCGCUGUUCCUUGGACUGAUCUCAGACCUGUUCCCAGGGCUGGAAUGCCCUCGCGUUCGCUAUCCAAACUUUAAUGAUGCUGUAGAAGACAACCUAAAAGACAACAAAUACAUCUUGCUGCCUGUCCAGGUGGAUAAAGUGGUGCAAAUGUAUGAAACUAUGAUGACACGACACACAACUAUGAUAGUGGGCCCAACAGGUGGAGGGAAAUCGGUUGUAAUCAGCACAUUGUGUCAAGCUCAAACCAGAUUGGGAUUUUACACUAAAUUAUAUCCCCUGAACCCCAAAGCUGUGAGUGUCAUUGAACUGUAUGGUAUUCUGGAUCCUGACACUCGAGACUGGACUGAUGGAGUCUUAUCCAACAUUUUCCGUGAUAUCAACAAGCCUACUGACAAACAAGAGAGGAGAUAUAUCCUGUUUGAUGGGGAUGUGGAUGCUCUGUGGGUUGAGAACAUGAAUUCAGUAAUGGAUGAUAACAAGCUUCUUACGCUGGCUAAUGGCGAACGAAUCCGUUUACAAGGUCACUGUGCCAUGCUGUUUGAGGUUGGAGAUCUGCAGUAUGCUUCCCCUGCUACUGUCUCCCGCUGUGGAAUGGUUUUUGUGGACCCCAAAAACCUGCGAUACACCCCAUACUGGCAGAAAUGGUUGACAAACAGACCUGUCAAAGAACAAGAAGAACUUAAUAACCUUUUUGAAAAGUAUGUGCAUAGCUUGAUUGACAUGAUUGUGGAAGGUAUUGUUGAUGGUAAACAAGGGCAGAAACUGAAGACUGUUGUCCCUCAGACUGAUCUAAAUAUGGUGUCUCAGCUCUGCAUGACCCUUGAUGCCCUACUUGAAACUGAGAACUUAAGUGCUUCAGUCUUGGAGUGUUACUUCUUGGAAGCUCUGUACUGCUCUCUUGGGGCAACAUUGGUGGAUGAUGGAAGAGAAAAAUUUGAUGAUUUAAUCAAAAGACUUUGUGGCUUAACCACUGUGUGUGAUGAAAAAAAACUGGCUGGACCUGGUGAGAUCCCAGGACACCUGCCAACACUAUAUGAUUUCCAUUUUAAUGACACGAAGCAGAAGUGGGUUCCCUGGACUUCUUUGGUCACCAAAUACGUCCACAACCCUGAAAUGAAGUUUGCUGAUAUUCUGGUCCCAACUGUGGACACCACCAGAACCAGCUGGAUAUUGGAACAGAUGGUGAAGAUAAAGAGGUCUGUGCUUUUGGUUGGAGACUCGGGAACCUCCAAAACAGCGACCAUUAGUAACUUUCUGAAAAACCUAAGUGGAGAUUCAAGUAUUACUUUGACCAUCAACCUUUCAUCCAGGACAACAUCAAUGGACCUCCAGAGGAACCUGGAGGCCAAUGUAGAGAAAAGGACCAAAGAGAUAUACGGUCCUCCAAUGGGCAAGAGACUGUUGGUCUAUAUAGAUGACAUGAAUAUGCCAAAGGUGGAUAGCUAUGGCACACAGCAGCCAAUUGCGCUGCUGAAGCUUUUAUUGGACCGAGGAGGCAUCUAUGAUCGAGGGAAAGAGCUCACCUACAAAACUCUCAAGGAUCUUGGCUUCAUUGCUGCCAUGGGGAAGGCAGGAGGUGGGAGGAACGAGGUGGAUACCCGCUUCGUUUCACUCUUCAGUGUCUUCAGCAUCCCUUUCCCAGCAGUAGAGUCUCUCCACCUGAUCUAUUCCUCCAUUAUCAAAGGCCACACCAAACUCUUUGAGGAUGUGGUACAGAAGGUUUGUGAUAAAGUCACCUUCUGCACACUGGAACUGUACAACAGCCUUGUCAAAGACCUGCCACCUACUCCAGCAAAGUUUCACUACAUCUUUAACCUGCGAGACCUAUCAAGGGUGUACAAUGGACUGACACUCACCGAGACUACAAGAUUUUCAACAGUGACUAUAUUUGUACGGGUUUGGAGAAAUGAGUGUCUGAGGAUUUUCCACGAUCGACUCAUUGAUGAAAAAGACAAAAACCUGGUUCAGGGCCUUAUAAAGAACUUAGUUGAGGAACAUUUCAAGGCAAACAUGGAGGAUGUUAUGAGAGACCCAGUUCUUUUUGGAGACUACAGGACAGCCCUGAGUGAGACAGAACCAAGAGUUUAUGAGGACUUACAGGACUUUGAAACUUCUAAAGCUCUAUUUCAGGAAAUUCUAGAGGAAUACAAUGAUAGAAUGUCGAGGAUGAAUCUGGUACUGUUUGAUGAUGCCCUGGAACAUCUGACUCGCGUGCACCGCAUCGUUCGCAUUGAUCGUGGUCAUGCUCUGCUUGUGGGUGUGGGAGGCUCCGGCAAGCAAUCUAUCACCAGGCUUGCGGCCUUCACUGCUGACUGUGAGGUCUUUGAAAUAACCCUCAGCAGAGGUUAUUGUGAGUCAAGCUUUCGUGACGACUUGAAAGUACUGUAUUUAAAGCUUGGCAUUGAAAAUAAGAAGACAGUGUUUCUCUUCACUGAUGCUCAUGUUGCGGAGGAAGGUUUUUUGGAACUCAUCAACAACAUGCUUACGUCAGGCAUUGUUCCUGCAUUGUUUCCUGACGAUGAGAAAGAAGCGGUUCUCAACCAACUUCGUGAAGAAGCCCUCACAAUGGGAUCAGGUCCUUCUAAAGACAGUGUGUGGCAAUAUUUUGUCAAUAAAAGUGCCAGCAAUCUGCACAUUGUUUUAGGCAUGUCUCCUGUCGGAGAUACCUUGAGAACACGCUGCAGAAACUUUCCAGGACUAAUGAACAACACUGUGAUAGAUUGGUUCUUGCCAUGGCCACCGCAGGCGCUACUUGCUGUAGCUGAGUCUUUCCUCGGUGAAAGUGAAAUGAUUCCGAAGGAACACGCACCUGCUGUUAUCGAACAUGUCUGCAUGGUCCAUAAAUCUGUCGGAGACUACAGCAUCCUGUUCCUGCAAAAACUUAGACGUGCUAACUUUGUAACCCCAAAGAAUUACUUGGACUUCAUCAGCACAUAUUCUGGCCUCCUGCAGGAAAAGGACCAGUAUAUUCUGGCGCAGUGCAAACAUCUUGAGGGGGGGUUGGAUAAGCUGAAGGAAGCCAGUGUUCAACUGGAUGAGCUGAACAUUAAACUGGCAGAACAGAAGGUGGUCCUCGCUGAAAAGUCUGCAGCCUGUGAGAUCAUGCUGGUUGAGAUUGCCUCAAAUACCACUGUGGCUGAGGAGAAAAAGACACUGGCAGAAGAAAAAGCCAAAGAGAUUGAAGAGCAAAACAAAGUGAUUGCUGUUGAAAAGGCAGAAGCAGAAACUUCCCUGGCUGAAGCUUUACCAGCAUUAGAAGCAGCUCGCAUUGCCUUACAAGACCUCGAUAAAUCUGAUGUCACUGAGAUCCGAUCGUUUGCAAAGCCCCCUAAGCAGGUGCAGGUGGUGUGUGAGUGUAUUCUGGUGCUGUGUAAAAAAAAGGAAAUUAGCUGGCAAGCCGCUAAGGCGAUGAUGUCAGAUCCUGGGUUUCUGCGUUCACUGAUGGAGAUGGACUGUGAUGCUAUCAGUGGCAAUCAGGUUAAGACUGUCAGAGGCUUCCUGAAAGCCCUCGGGACCAGCCUUGAGGAAAUGCAAGCCAUCAGCAAAGCGGGCUCAGGAAUGUUUAAAUUUGUGGAGGCUGUCGUGGGUUACUGUGAAGUUGCCAGGGAGAUCAAGCCUAAAAGGGACAAAGUGGCACGCCUCGAAAGAAAUUUCUUUCAGAGUAAGAAAGAGCUGGAGCUCAUUCAAAGUGAGCUUAGUAAUAUCCAGAGAGAACUUAAGACUCUCGGGGACAAAUAUCAAACUGCUAUUGCGGAAAAACAAAAACUACAAGAGGAGGCUGAGCUCAUGGAGAGAAGAUUAAUAGCUGCUGACAAACUUAUCUCAGGCUUAAGCUCUGAAAAUGUGAGGUGGACACACGAUUUAGAGGGGUUGAAGCAGCGGCGUGUGCGUCUCCUCGGAGACUGUCUACUCUCUGCUGCCUUCCUGAGCUACGAGGGAGCCUUCAGCUGGGACUUCAGGAAUGAGAUGGUGUACCAAACAUGGGUUGAAGACGUACAGGAGAGAAGCAUUCCCUUAAGUCAACCUUUUAAAGUGGACAACUUACUAACCGAUGAGGUGGAAAUCAGCAGAUGGGGGUCAGAGGGCUUGCCCCCAGAUGAACUGUCAGUGCAGAAUGGAAUCCUCACAACCAGAGGCAGCCGUUUCCCCAUGUGUAUCGACCCUCAACAGCAAGCUCUCAACUGGAUUAAGAAGAAGGAGGCAAGCAAUAACCUCAAGAUCUCAUCUUUCAAUGAUCCAGACUUCUUGAAACAGCUGGAGAUGGCCAUUAAAUACGGGUUCCCGUUCCUUUUCCAAGAUGUAGAUGAGUACAUUGACCCUGUGAUUGACAAUGUCCUGGAGAAGAAUUUGCAAGGAGCUGAGGGCAGGCAGGUUGUCAUGCUAGGUGACAAAGUGGUGGACUAUGAUCCCAACUUCAGACUUUACCUCAACACUAAACUGGGAAACCCCAAAUUUUCUCCAUCUGUGUUUGGAAAAGCCAUGGUUAUAAAUUAUACCGUGACCCUUAAGGGACUGGAGGACCAGUUGCUCAGUGUUAUAAUGGGCUUUGAGAAGAAGGAGCUGGAAGAGCAGCGUGAGUUUUUGAUUCAAGAGACGAGCGACAAUAAGAAGCUGCUGAAGAACCUCGGUGACACCCUGCUCAGGGAGCUGGCCACGUCCACGGGCAACAUGUUGGAUAACACAGAGCUGGUCUAUACACUGGAGGAAACUAAGUCCAAAUCCAGCGAGGUAUUUGAGAAACUUAAGUUGGCUGUGACAACAUCAGUGGACAUUGAUGUGCUCCGAAACGGCUACCGACCAGCCGCCAAGCGCGGCGCUAUUUUAUUCUUUGCGCUGACAGAAAUGGCUCUGGUAAACAGCAUGUACCAGUAUUCUCUCGCCUCUUAUCUGGAAGUCUUUGACUUUUCCCUGCGCAAGUCUCCACCAAAUGCAGCUCUGCCCAAAAGACUGAAUAACAUCAUGAACGGCCUGACAUACAAUGUUUAUAAUUAUGGUUGCACAGGUCUGUUUGAGAAACAUAAGCUUCUCUUCUCAUUCAACAUGACCGUCAAGAUUGAGCAGGCAGAAGAUCGAGUGCCUCAGGAGGAACUAGAGUUUUUCAUCAAAGGUAAUCUGUCCCUGGAAAAGAGCUCGCGCCAAAAGACUUGUAACUGGCUGACUGAUUCUGGCUGGGAAGACGUAGUGAAACUGUCUGAGCUUUUUCCUGGGCAGUUUGACUCUUUGCCUGAUGAUGUUAGCAGAAAUUCAUCAGAGUGGCAGUCUUGGUAUGACCUCGAUGUACCAGAACAGGCUCCGCUGCCAAUGAGAUAUGACGAGAAGCUAACAGACUUUCAGAAGCUGCUCCUGCUGCGCUGUUUCCGUGUAGACAGAGUCUACAGAGCCAUCACCGACUAUGUCACUGUCACCAUGGGCGAGAGAUACGUUCAACCUCCUGUGAUCAGUUUUGACGUUAUCUACGAACAGAGCACUCCGUUCUCCCCCAUCGUCUUCAUCUUGAGCCCUGGCUCUGACCCUGGUGCUGACCUUAUGAAACUAGCUGACAGGACAGGCUUUGGGAGCAAGUUCAAGUUCCUUGCAAUGGGCCAAGGCCAGGAAAAGAUUGCGUUGCACCUUCUGGAACUGGCAGCAGCUCGUGGUCAGUGGUUGAUGCUACAGAACUGCCAUCUGCUGGUGAAAUGGCUGAAAGAUUUGGAGAAGUGCAUCGAGAGGGUCACCAAACCUCACCCCAACUUUCGCCUUUGGUUGACAACCAACCCAAUCGAUGACUUUCCCAUUGGCAUUCUUCAAAAGUCUCUUAAGGUUGUCACUGAGGCGCCAAAUGGUCUCAAGCUCAACAUGAGAGCCACCUACUCUAAAAUCUCCCAUGAGACUAUGACUGGAUGCCCACACUCUGCCUUCCGCAGCCUGGUCUAUGUGCUGUCUUUCUUCCAUGCCGUGGUGCAAGAGAGGCGCAAGUACGGCAAAAUUGGCUGGAACGUCCCUUAUGACUUCAGCGAGUCGGACUUCUUGGUGUGUUUGGAGAUCUUGAACACCUACCUGACCAAAGCUCACAAACAAAGAGAGAACAACAUUCCCUGGGGGAGUAUCAAGUACCUUAUCGGCGAGGUGAUGUAUGGUGGACGAGUCAUCGAUAGUUUUGACCGCAGGAUCCUGAAUGUCUACAUGGAUGAGUAUUUUGGAGACUUCCUCUUUUAUGACUUUUGCCGGUUUCACUUCUUCAAAAACAAUGAAGUAGACUACAAGGUUCCUCCAAAUGGACCCAAGACAAAAUAUAUUGAUGAGAUUGAGUCUCUGCCGUUGGCAAACACCCCCGAGGUGAUGGGUCUUCAUUCCAAUGCAGAGAUAGGAUACUACACCCAAGCAGCCAAAGACAUGUGGUUGCAUCUUAUAGACUUGCAACCACAGACGGGUGAGUCUGGUGGAAGCAUCAGCAGGGAUGAGUACAUCACUCAGGUGGCCCAGGACAUUCAGAACAAGUUGCCCGCGUUAUUUGACCUGGAUGUUAUCCGCAAGCAGUUUGGCACGGAGAUCUCCCCUACGUCUGUGGUGCUGCUUCAAGAACUGGAGCGCUUCAACAAGCUCGUGGUCCGCAUGAAACGGUCUCUUGCUGAGCUGCAGAGGGCCUUGGCUGGCGAGGUGGGCAUGAGCAGUGAGCUGGAUGAAGUUGCCCGGGCCCUUUUUAAUGGUCAGAUCCCUGCUAUUUGGAAGAAAUUGGCACCUGACACACUCAAGUCCCUGGGCAACUGGAUGAUACAUUUCAAGAGGCGAUUUGAGCAGUAUAAAUCAUGGGUGGAUGCGGCAGAGCCUAAGGUCAUGUGGUUGUCAGGACUCCACAUCCCAGAAUCCUACCUGACUGCCCUAGUUCAAGCUGCAUGCAGACAAAAUGGUUGGCCUCUGGAUCUUUCCACGCUUUACACUGAGGUGACCCGCUACCGGGAAGACGAAGAAGUCAAUGACAGACCUGCACAGGGCUGUUUUGUGUCUGGUUUGUACCUGGAGGGAGCUGACUGGGACAUAGAUGUUGGCUGCCUGGUCAAGAGUAAACCGAAAGUUCUGGAGGUUCAGCUGCCCAUUCUCAGAGUCAUCCCCAUUGAGACCCGACGCCUCAGGUUACAGAAAACACUGAGGACCCCUUUGUACACCACAUCGUUACGGAGGAAUGCAAUGGGUGUGGGUUUGGUAUUUGAGGCUGAUCUGUUCACCACAGAGCACCUCUCCCACUGGGUGCUCCAGGGUGUUUGUUUAUCCCUCAAUACUGACUAAAGACAGCCUUUGGUGGUUAGUGAUACAUGGUAAAAGUGGUAAAUGAUGAUAGAGUUUGAGCUUUUGAGUUAAUUGCGUCAGAGAAGGUUUGAAUUCAUCCUUUGCUCACUAGAUGGCAGCACUUCACUCAGCUGCAGAAGCCACGAGGGUCUGUUUCAGUGGACGACAGACUCCAAUCCCAACUGCUCAUGUGAACCAGGAGAGCAGCUACUCAAAACAGACAAGAAAAAAGAAUUCAAUGGAGUCGAC